AUGUCUCCUUACAGAACUUUCUCACUCAUCUUCGUCUUCAUUUGCUUGAGAUUUUCUCUCACUACUGUAUCACAGACCUUUUAUCUUGACCAUGUCUGCUCUACCAACAAAACCUUCACUGCCAAUAGUUCCUUUCAAUCCGACCUCACCACCCUCCUCUCUUCCUUAGCUUCCCCAAAUACUGCCAACACUGAGUUCUACAACACCACCGUCGCCGCCGCCGGAGCCAGCGGUGGCCACGAUACCGUAUACGGCCUUUUCAUGUGCCGCGGCGAUGUCUCCCUACAAGUGUGCCACCAAUGCGUCGUUGACGCAACCAACCGGUUACCUUCCGAGUGCCGGUUCUCGAAGGCGGCCAUAAUCUGGUACAACGAGUGCAUGCUUCGCUAUUCGAACCAGUCCUUCUUCUCCGCCAUGGCGACGAGGCCGAUAACAGGCCUCUACAACACUGCCAAUAUGACCGACCAAGCAAGCUUCAUGAGGUUGCUGUAUAGAGUUGUGAACGAGACAGCUGAUGUGGCUGCGAAACCAGGUUUGGGGAAGAAGAAUUAUGCAACUAAAGAAGUGAAUAUUUCGGAGUCUCAAACUCUGUAUUGUUUGGCUCAGUGCACGCCGGAUCUUUCGCCGGAAGAUUGUAGAAUGUGUUUGAGUGAUGUGAUUGGGAACCUUGAUUGGUGUUGUGAGGGAAAGGACGGAGGAAGAGUUCUGAAUCCCAGUUGCAAUGUUCGUUAUGAAUUGUAUCCCUUCUAUGGUUCUGGUUAUCAGCCGGUGGUGCCAGCACCGGCACCGGCGGCUGCGGUUUCUCCUCCGGCAAAUUCUUCAGAACCCCUAGUAAAAGAGAAAGGCCAAUCAUCACCAACCAUUGUGAUAGUUGUGGUUUCUAUUAUUGGUUCGGGGAUAGUUUUUGGUUUUACUUACUAUCUCUUGAAGAGGCGAAUAAAGAGGAAUCGUAGAGAUGCUCUCAGGCAAGAAUACUUUGGAAGUGAAGGCACCACUUUAGAGCCACUACAAUUCAGCUUAGCUACUAUUGAAGCUGCUACAAAUCAAUUUUCUCAAGAAAACAGUUUUGGGAGAGGUGGAUUUGGACACGUUUAUAAGGGUAUUCUUUCAAAUGGCCGAGAAAUAGCUGUAAGAAGACUCUCAAAAGUUGCUAGUCAAGGUGCAGAAGAAUUUAAAAAUGAGGUUUUGUUAAUAGCCAAACUUCAGCACAGAAAUUUGGUGGCAUUAUUAGGAUUCUGCCUAGAAGAGCAAGAGAAAAUACUUAUUUAUGAAUAUGUUCCCAAUAGAAGCCUGGAUUACUUUCUUUUUGGUUUGGAACCAAUGGAAUUCUGAAAAGUUCUUGGCGAUAUUGGAUCCAAAUCUUAAAGAGUUUGGAUCAUUUAAUGAAGUGAUUAAGUUCAUCCAACUUGGUCUGUUAUGUGUUCAAGAAAGUCCAGAUUCUAGGCCUUCUAUGGCAACAAUUAUUUCAUAUCUUAGCGAUGAUUCAAUUCAAUUACUAUUUCCACAAGAACCUGCAUUCUUUUUGCAUGGUCAAAUGGAGGCUAACAUGGGAUCUCAAAUUAGAGAAUCAUGCUCUGUUUAUGAAGAAUCUAUGAGUGAAUUUUUUCCUCGCUAGAACAAGGCUUUCAUUUCAUGCUUUUUGCUUUGUACA